GGUGCUACAGGGAUCUGCAUGGAACAGGUACUGAAUUAGGCUGACAAGGCAGGAUUGACUGUUUAAUCAACAAAAUAAGAAGAAAUAGAUGGAAAAGAGGCACAUGUGCUCCAGCUCCAGAGUUGCGGUCAUGAAACUAAUCUCGGGUGACAUUGGAAAACGACUUGAGGAGAUGGUGCAGCUGACAGCUCAGAACCUACCUCAGGUGGAGGUCACCAGUAGUUACACCAUCCUUAGAGAGCUGGGCAGUGGUGCCUUUGGGCAUGUAUUGAUGGCAGUCCACCAUAGCCAAGGAACCCCCAUGGCACUGAAAUUUGUACAUAAAAAAGGUACAGAGCUACAUGAUUUCCUUAAUGAAUAUUGCAUUGCACUGACUUUGGGGGCACACCCCUGUAUUGCUACUGCCCUCGGGAUUGCCUUCCAAACCUCCCAACACUAUGUCUUUGCACAAGAAUUGGCAUUGUCUCAUGACCUCUUCACACUUAUGGUGCCAAAGGUUGGCGUACCUGAGCAACAGGUAAAGCGCUGUGCCCUGCAGCUUGCAAGUGCCCUGGAAUACAUGGAAUCCAAAGGACUAAUCCAUCGAGAUGUCAAACCAGAAAACGUGCUGCUCUGUGACCCUGAAUGUCGGCGCAUCAAGCUGACAGAUUUUGGCCUGAGCUGCCCAAGGGGCCAAGCCAUUAAGGCCUUGCCUGAAAGUCUGCCUUAUACUGCGCCUGAAAUGUGUAUCUUGGGUCCCAAAACUAUCCUGGAAGCCCAGCCAAGCCUUGAUACCUGGGCUCUCGGAGUGCUGCUAUUCUGUGUGCUAACCGGCUACUUCCCCUGGCUUACAGCUAUGCCCUCUGAUCGGUAUUAUUGCAGCUUUGUCUCCUGGCAUCGUAGCCCCCGUUUUGUAUCACUCCCAGCCCAUUGGGAACGUUUCACUCCUCAAACAUUAGAAAUGUUGAAAGGGCUCCUGACACCUAACCCAGCACUUCGUAGCCCUGCCAAAAUGAUUAUGAAUUACAUCAAAACACCUUGGUUGCUACCGGAAGUAAAGAGUCGUGUCCGACCCAGCAGAGAACUUCUUGGCACUACCCGGAGAUGCUAAAAACCAAGUGUGUUGCAAGGAGAAACAAGAGGCUCUGAAACCUCACCUUAGCUUUUAAAGGACCAAAGAUGUCCAUCACCUGAUGAACACAUUUUGUUUGAUAAAAAUCAGUGAAGCCAGAGAAACAGAAAAGAUGACUAGGAAACAAACAAGCUGCUUAUUGAGCAAGGAAGGAGAAGCCAACUCAGGGGAAACCUAAGAGAGUUAGUCUUGGAAAUAUUGCUAUCCAAUCUCCUGCCUCUCUUCUUGAUUCCAGUUUCAAAAGAUUUGGGUUCAGUCUUUCUGUAAGGACCUGCCUUAACCAGUCCUUCAGGAAAGAAAACCUCUUGAAUCCAUUAAGUCAAAUCAAAAGAACUUUUACUGAGAAAAAGUGAUUGCAGGAAAGCAAGGCGAAAUCUGAAAAAGCCCAUGUGAUGCAAAUAGCAUUUUUUCAUUUCCCCAAAUUUAACCCCCCUGACCAAUCUACCAGUAGCCAAUGUGAUGCUGCAAGGUUGUUAUGGAAACUCUGAGGUGCUAGGCAGAUAACACAUGUCACCCUCAGGGCAGGACGCCCUUGAAGUCAGGCUGGGAGGGUAGCCAUCUCUGAAGACCAUCUUUUUUUUUUCUCCCUCCCUAAUUCCCAAACAGUUACAGUCAAAGCAAAAGCAUGCAAAAAUACCAGCAAGCCUCCUCCCCAUCUUCCAACAAAAUUGGAAGGACACCAUAGUGAGCCUGACACUUUCCUUAAUCAGGAAUUAUCCCUCAAAUUCUUAAAGCUUCUUAAAAGGAACCAAGUGAAGAAGUCAUAGCUUCCUUCUUUCACUUUGGAUCAGUUAAAAUGGAAUCAGUUUAAAAUUUCCAAUGAAUGAAUGGGGUAAAAGUUAGUGACCCUGUUUCCUACAACAGCAGUCAAAUGCAAGAAAUUUAUUUGAUAUUGUUGUGAGUCCUGGAUUUUUUUAAAUCAGUCUAGGAAACUUGAGUAUAA